AUGAAGAAACGUACACGCACGAUACAUCAGGAAUUGAAUCCAAUAUGGAAUGAAAAAUUUUUCUUCGAAUGCCAUAAUUCAACGGAUCGAAUUAAAAUUCGUGUUUGGGAUGAGGACAAUGAUCUGAAGAGUAAGUUAAGACAGAAAUUAACACGAGAAUCGGAUGAUUUCUUAGGUCAAGCAAUCAUUGAAGUGCGAACAUUGAGCGGCGAAAUGGACGUUUGGUAUAAUUUAG